CGUGCGCCUCCGCGAAGCGAUCAUGACGUAUUCCUACCAUGUGACAAGGGGCAUCGAGCUCCCCGACAGAAGUGAUAACAAUUACAGUCUUCAACUGACUCGUUGGUUUCUGCUGCCAAUUGGCGCUUGGCCGCAAAUGAGCGCGGCGACGAGGGUGGAGAGGCUCUCCUCGCGCGUGCACAUUUUAGUAUGCACGUCCAUAAUAGCGAUCAUCAUGGUGCCGUGUCUGUUAUAUGUAUCGCUGGAAGAGAAAGAUAUGGAGAUGAAAUUGAGCGCAAUGGGUCCGCUGAGCCACUGGAUCAUGGGUAUGAUCAAUUACUGGUUACUCCUCACGCGCGGCGACGACAUCCGCGAGUGCGUGCUGCACAUGGAGUCAGACUGGCGAAUCGCUCGGAAGCUCGAGGACCGACAAGUAAUGAUGCGACAGGCAAGAAUCGGCCGCUUCGUCUCCGGGUUCUGUGCGGUGUUCAUGCAGAGCGGCACAUUUCUCUUCGCCGUAGGGAAAUCGCUGUCAACCACUGCAGUCAUCGUCGGCAACGAAACCGUGUUGGUGCACCCGAUGACUUGCCCGAUGUACACCAAAUUCAUCGACGUCAGAUUCAGCCCCGCCAACGAAAUUAUGGUGGUUGUGGAGUGGCUGUCGUGCUUUAUAGUAAACUCUGUUACGGUAGGCGCUUGCAGCCUCGAUGCUGUUUUCGCGAUGCACGCGUAUGGUCAACUAAACAUGCUAUUUGCAUGGUUAAACGAACUCGUUGUAGACGAAGAUAAGGGAAACGAAGGCGCCGAGCAAAGGCUGGCUGUUAUCGUGGAGCAUCACUUGAGGGUGCUGAGUUUUAUAUCGCGUAUGGAAACCGUUAUGCGACAUAUCUGUCUGGUGGAAUUGCUGGGAUGUACGAUGAAUAUGUGUUUACUUGCAUAUUAUUUUAUUACGAAUUUGGACUCGUUUGAUACGGCAAAGACAACGUCAUAUGUCAUUAUAUACCUGUCCAUGGCUUUCAAUAUCUUUAUAUUUUGUUAUAUCGGUGAGAUUCUCACAGAACAGUGCAAAAAUGUCGGCGAGAAAGCGUACAUGAUUGAUUGGUACGAACUACCGCACAAAACUGCCCUUGGACUCAUUUUGGUGAUAGCACGAUCGAGUAACGUUAUCAAGAUGACUGCUGGACAAUUAUUUCAGUUGUCUAUCGCAACUUUUGGGGAUGUAAUUAAAACUUCCGUGGUAUAUUUGAACAUGUUGCGAACAAUGAGACACCCUGUGCGUGAAUUAUAUUAAUUAGAAAACGUGAGAAAUAUAUUUUGUAUAAAAC